GCCUUCCCCGAAGCCAGAGAGGCCGCACUCCCUCCUUGGCGUGCGGGGAGUGCCUGUUUCUUUGGGAUAGCGCUUUGGACUGGCUGUAAGAGAAAGAGCUCCCUGUUGCAGGGAGUGUGCAAGCCAAGGCCAGGCUUGUGAGUUCUUGUGGAGCCACGCCCUGAGCAGCGCUCACUGGGGGCACCGGGCGAGGAGGCAGUCAGUCAGCCCCUGGGAUCCUGACUUUUAUGCAGCUUCGCAGUCCACACACUUCUAGGAGGGCAGGGCUUUCCAGAUGAGAGGUCCAUUAGCGACCGUUCCGGAGGCAGUCUAGUAGAUACACUGCAGAGCUUGGGCCUUGGGGUCAGACGUAUCCGGGCUCCAAUUCAGGCUGAGGCCUUGAGCAAGUGCCUAUCCCCACCCUAACCCGACCCUGCCACUUCAUCCCUGAAGUGGCACUAAGCUCAGCGCGUCUCUUCUGUAAUGAUGUGUGAAUCAAACGAAGGCAGGCAUGAGUAGUGCAGAGCACAGUGCCUACCACAGGGUAAACAACCCCUAAAUGCCUGCAGCUGAUGUUACCUGUUUCACAGGUGAUCUCUCUGGCCACCUCCUUGCCUACCUGAGCCUCAGCCCUGUUUUUGUCAUUGUCGGCUUUGUGACCCUCAUCAUAUUCAAGCGGGAGCUACACACGAUCUCUUUCCUCGGGGGCCUGGCACUGAACGAAGGGGUCAACUGGCUGAUCAAACACGUCAUCCAGGAACCACGGCCCUGUGGAGGCCCCCACACAGCCGUGGGCACGAAGUACGGGAUGCCCUCCAGCCAUUCCCAGUUUAUGUGGUUCUUCUCCGUCUAUUCCUUCCUAUUCCUGUAUUUAAGAAUGCACCAGACGAACAACGCCAGGUUCCUGGACUUGCUGUGGAGGCAUGUGCUGUCCCUGGGGCUCCUCACUGCGGCCUUCCUGGUCUCCUACAGCAGGGUCUACCUGCUGUACCACACCUGGAGCCAGGUGCUCUAUGGGGGCAUUGCUGGAAGCCUCAUGGCCAUCGCCUGGUUCGUCUUCACCCAGGAGGUCCUCACCCCGCUGUUCCCCAGGAUAGCAGCCUGGCCUGUCUCUGAGUUCUUCCUAAUCCGGGACACGAGCCUCAUUCCCAAUGUACUCUGGUUUGAGUACACGGUAACCCGGGCAGAAGCCAGGAACAGACAGCGCAAGCUGGGGACGAAAUUGCAGUGACUGGUGGGUAGGGCUGGGUCCAGCCUCCAGAUCUGGCCUGCAUGAUGCCUUGCAGGAUGGACAGAAUGACUGACAGAGGGCUGAAGCAGAGACCUCUACAGACCUGAGUCACCAAGUGGAGCCUUUUUUUUUUCUUAUUUUAAUUUUAAUGGACAAGGUGGACCAAAGGGCUGAGCCAGCCCCUCAACUAGGACCCUGGAAGGCCUGCUGCCUGGGGGCUAAAUGGCCAGAGACACUUACUCUGCUGCUGCCAGCCCCCAGCUGGGCAGAAGGUGCCCCUGACGUGGCACCAGGGUGUGGGGAAGGGGAUGAGGGCUUGCAUCUCUAGUCUUGGGCUAGAGACUCCAGGUGACGUAAAAAGUGCACACUAUUUAUUUUUUGAAUUUUUAUCAAAGGCAGAUGGGAGUUUGGAGAUGGGACCUAGAGAGUCCACGUUGCAGUGGUUGUCCUGGGUACAGAGGGGCCCAGGCCUUUUGUCCCGAGCCCGGGGCAGACUGCCUCUUCCUGGACCUGAGGGGCUAGGGGCCAGGAGAAGGGAGUGUCCCCUGUGCCCUCCCUGCCACCAUUGCCAUUCCAGAACCUCGUCAGUGUUUCGUUUGGGGGCAGGGCCCAGAGCAAGCACGCGUCUGGCGGCUGCUAUCAUUGUGUUCUUCCGUAUCAACCUGACACCACAAGGGCUUUCUCUGGUCUCCUGUCCCCAAGAUGACAAAGGAGCCUGCACGUAUGGGUGACACACCCAAGCUGUUUACAGCUCCGUGUCUGCCACCUAGCACCAGUCAGUCUUCAUCCCUUGAACAAAGGAACCAGGAGCCACGACAGGAGGAGUCUGGCAGCCAGUGCCUGAUCCCCUGCCCUUCUCUAUAUGCUCUGAAGAUGUCCUUGUCCUUCCCACCUCACCCAGCAGGCGGGGAAUCUGUCCAGGUGUGAGCUCACAGAUCCCCAUAUGCCCAGCUUGGAGGGCUCUUCCUAGGGACCAUCUCUUGAGUCACUCUGCAACACUCAUGGAGGAGAGGCUUCCAGAUUCCCAGAAGUUUCCAGAGCUGACCCAGGUCCCUGGGGACCUGUGUUUCCCCCCCACCCUUUUCUCAGUGGAGGGUCCUAAUCUGCUGCUGAAGCACAAGUUUUCGGUGCUUUCUUUUCUCAUUUGUUAAAGGCAGUGUCCAAAGCCAUUCCAGAUGCCAGGACCAGGGCUGGUUUCUAGGGAGGUAGGUCAGUCCUCAUGUUUCCCUCCCCUUCCCUUAGUAUUUUUAUUUUUUACUUUUUGCCUGAGACAAGCCAAGUGUAAGGUGGUUUAAGAAAAAUCAACAAAAUUGUUUACUAUUGUUUUAAAAUAAAAUCUUAAACUAUG